AUGGCCAGAACAAGCAGAGGGUUUCAUUCUCAACCUUCAGACCCAACAAGAUCUAGAGAAACCCAUCGAGGGAAGCUUGUGAGAGACCCUUACCCACCUUCUGUGCCCAGAGUCAGAGAUCUUCAACAUGCCUUGAAUGUGUUCGAUGAAAUGCUUCAAAGAAGAUCUCUUCCUUCUGUUGUCCGUUUCAAUCAAAUCUUGACUCAAGUUUCCAGAUUGAAACAUUAUUCGGAUGUCAUCGCUAUGAAUAAACAAAUGGUUCAGUGCGGAAUUCGUCCUGAUAUCUUUACUCUCUCGAUCGUCAUGAAUUGCUUUUGCCGUUUACAUCAAAUGAGCUGUUGCUUAUCCGUGUUGGGACAGUUCUUCAAAUUGGGUCUUCAACCAGAUGUCGCGGCCUACAAUACUCUAAUCAACGGCUUUGUUCUCGAGAAUAGAAUUCAAGAGGCAGCAAGGAUUUUCAGCAAAAUGGUGCAUGGAGGUCAUUGUGUGCCUAAUGUGGUUACUUUCAACACAAUUAUAAAGGGACUUUGCAGGAUGGGUGAUAACAAUGAAGCUAUUCAAUUUCUCAGGAAGAUGGAAGAAAGAGGGUGUCAGUCUAACGUAGUUUCCUAUAGCACGAUCAUUGACAGUCUUUGCAAGAAGACGCUAGUUGUUGAUGCAAUGAACCUCUUCUCAGAAAUGAUUAGUAAGGGCAUUGCUCCAAACGUUGCUACUUGCAACUCUGUUAUUCAAGGAGUUUGCGACAUUGGUCAGUGGCAAGAAGCUACAAGGCUGUUGAAUGAAAUGGCAAGUAUUAAUAUCUAUCCAGAUGUAGGCACUUUCAGUGUCCUGGUUGAUGGACUUUGUAAGGAGGGUAUGGUCGUGAAAGCCAAUAGUGUGGUUGAAAUCAUGAUCCAAAAAGAUAUUGAGCCAAAUGCGAUUACGUACAAUUCAUUAAUGGGUGGUUACUGUUUGCGAGGUGAAAUGGGUGAAGCAAGGAAAGUCUUUGAUCUAAUGCUCCGCAAGGGCCGCAUGGUUGAUGUUUGGAGUUGUAGUAUAUUGAUAAAUGGAUAUUGCAAACAUAAAAAGAUUGAUCAGGCAAUUGAGGUUUUUGAGGAAAUGUUUCGUUUGGAAAUUCUUCCCAAUACGAUUACUUACAACACUCUUAUUGACGGUUUUUGUGAAGCAGGGAGAAUGCAAGAAGCAGAAAAGUUGUUCUCUCGGAUGCUAUGUUGUGGCCAACUUCCAAAUGUUCAAACUUAUGCCAUUUUGCUUGACGGCCUAUGUAGCAGCCAACAACUUUCAAGGGCAAUGGAAUUGCUUAGAGAGAUGGAAGACAACAAGAUGGAACUGAAUAUUAUAAUUUACACCAUUAUCAUUAAAGGUAUGUGCAAAGCUGGAAGACUUAAAUCUGCAACAGACUUCUUCUCUAGUUUGUCAUCAAAAGGAGUUCAGCCUGAUGUGUGGACAUAG